AUGACUCGUUCGGUAUACAACUUGUUGCUUACUUUGGUGGCUGAUAAUUUGCGCAAACCAAGACAACGUAUUGGUGUCGAAGAGCGUAUUUCGUUGACCCUUUUGCACUUGGGACAUGCGGCACCAAUCCAAACUCUAGCCUGGAGCUAUAAGCUGGGUAGGACAACAGUGCGUAACAUCAUUCUGGAAACUUGCGACGUGUUUUGGCGAUUGCUUUCACCUAUCUAUGUAGCGGAACCCACCGAAGAGCAGUAUAAAGAUAUUGCCAACGAUUUUCAAACAAUGUGGAACAUGCCAAAUUGUGUAGGUGCAAUUGAUGGGAAACACAUCGCCUUACAAUGCCCUAGGAAGUCCGGUUCGAUGUUCUUCAACUACAAGAAAUUUCAUAGUAUAGUCUUAAUGGCCGCUUGUGACGCGAAAUAUACUUUCACGGCCGUUAGUAUAGGAAGCUAUGGUAGCCAAAGUGAUGCAGGCAAGUUAUAA